AUGUCGCAAUCAGAUAUAACUCGAUUUUUUGAAUCUUUUAACGAUCCAAGUGCUGAAAUCCAACAUCAACCUUCUGUUAGUAGUGAUACUGUGAUCAGUACUGAUUCUCAAUCAAAAAAAUCUCCUUUAUGUAAAGCAAAAGAUCAAAACUCGAAUGCCGGUGGCCCGAUUCGUAACACUCGGAAAAAAGAUCAAAUUUCACCAAUCACUCAACGUAUUAGAAAAGCUGCUACUUUUCAAGACUCUUGGAAAUCAAAGUUUCCUUGGUUAAGAAUUGAAGAGCGUGAUCCUCCUAAUACCAGUGAUUCUUCGGCUUCUCGUCAAAUUGUCAUGUUUUGUAGUAUUUGUGAAAAAAUUAAGAUUAAAACAACUCUAUGGUCUACAACUGGGUGUACUAUGUACAAGGCUGAUUAUCUUAGGCGUCAUGAAGCUUCAAAAGAACAUUCCAUGUCAAAAGAGGCUUCUUUAGAUCCUUUACCAUCUGAAAAACCUGCCAUCAGUUCUUCUUGUGAUAAUUUAUCAAAAGGAAAUAUUAUAUCUCAAUUAAGAAAUACUUUCUUUCUUUCUCAACAUAAUUUUACUCUUAAUAUUCUUAAUGACUUUACCAAUUUCAUAACUUUUCAAUCCCAAAAUCAAAAUGAUACUACUAAUACUUCCAAUAAAGAACUUUUAAUUCUUCGUUCUCCUAGAUUACCUUCUAAAAAUAAAAAUACUCUCAGAGAUCUUUCUAUACCUCAUAAUUACCUUACUUAUUCAACUAGAUCUACUAAUCACGAAUUUCUUGAGAUUAAUGCAAAAAUUGUUGAAAAAGCUGUUGUCAAUGAAAUAAAUAAAUCUUUAUGUUGGAGUCUUUUGAUUGAUGAAAGUGUUACAAAUUCUUCAACUUCUGAAAAGAUUUUAACUCUGGCUUCUAAACAUGUCGUUGAUGAUUUACCGGUAUUAAGAUUCUUGGGUCUAUUAAAAAUUUCUAGUACUUCAGCUGAUUCUCUUUUAGUUGCAAUUGAUAAUUUUAUCUCGCAAAAAGGUUUAAAUACUUCUACUUUAUUACAUUUUGGUAGCGUUGGUUCUUCUAAUGUUUCUGGUGUACAUUAUGGACUUUUUACAUUGCUCAAGCAAAGAAAUCCUUUUUUAUCUUCUAAUCAUUGUGUUGUGCACCGUGUUCAUAUGGCAAUAGAUGAUGCAACAAAAGAUAUUCCAUAUUUUCAAACGUAUAAAGAUAUAGUCAAAGCUAUUUACACUUAUUUCUCUGAUUCUUACAGAAGAAUGUAUGAAUUAAGAGACGUUGAAGAGAAUAUAGACAAUCCUGAUUUAUUCAUAUUGAACAAAAAAGAGACAAGUUGGCUUUCUUGGGCUCAAGUUAUUCAAAACUUUCAUGUGAUUAUUGAUGAUAUUUAUAGUGAAUUAGAAUCUCAAUCGGGUGUUUCUAGUAUGGCAAAAUUUUUAUAUGAUUCGGUUGAUACUGAAUUUUAUAUAGUUACAAAAUUCUUGGCCGAUAUUAUGGAAACUUUAAUGUCAAUGAUUAACGUAUUUCAAAGUGAUUAUGUUUCGUUAGGUGAAACUAGGAAACAAUUAAAUAUGGUCAUUGAAACUAUUACUACAAAUUUUAUUGGUACUGAAUUUUCGACUCCUAAUUAUGGAAUCGUUGUCCAAUUUUCAUUAAACAUUAUUCAAAGUUUACGACAUCAUUUUCCAACUUCACAUCUAUAUCAUGCUAUGAGAAUUCUUGAUCCAUCCGAAUCCCCCGACGAUCAAGAAUCUUUAAGAACAUAUGGUGACUCUGAUGUAAAAUUUCUCGCUGACUUUUAUGGAAUCUCUAAACCUAUUACUCUUAACAAUACAUAUCAUCCUCCGAUCAUUGAUAAUAAAGGUGUCAUACGAGAAUGGCAAAUGGCAAAAUAUUUAAUUCAUGGAUAUCGAAAUUAUUCAUUUAUGGAAGCUUGGAAAAAAAUUUGGGUUCAAAAUUUUCAAUUUAAGAAUCAAUUUCCUCAAUUGACAAAAUUAGUAGAAAUUGUUCUUACUAUGCCAAUUUCUAAUGGUACUGUAGAACGUGUAUUUUUUCGUCAAAAUUUAAUAAGAGAUGAAUUAAAUCCUGAAAUCCUUAGUUAUUAUUUACAUUUAUCCCUUAAUGCUCCUGAAUCUUGGGAGUCUUUUGAUUAUGAAAAAGCUUAUGAGUAUUGGAGUGGGCUUUCUAAAGCUAAUAAAUAA